AUGGCUGGACUGAACUUGCUUGUAGGCUUCUUUGUUUCAGUCAUUGCCUUGUCUCAACUGAUUCGUUGGAUAAGUAAGAAACUGCUGCCGGCCAGGAUUUACCGAAGCACUGUCAGCGAGUUUGCCAGUUCUCUGCAGCUAUGUGCCUGCUACAUGGAAAUCCGCAUGCUGGGGGAGAUUGGCAUGUGGGGUGGAGGAUAUGGUCCAGAUGUGGUGUCUACUCUUCUCUUUGUGCUGUUUUUAGCUCAUGGAUUCACUUUUGAUGGAGCAUCUGCCAACUCUUCGGUGUCUCUUCAAGAGUUCUUGCUGAAGGAUAGCCCAUUAGUAGACACAAUAAUUAAGUUGGUGGCUCAACUUGGGGGCAUGGAAGCUGCCAGGUUCUUGACCAUACAGUACUGGAGACUGGAGCUGACAGAAUUCCACACAAUCCAAAUGAUGAUGUUGGGUGAUUGUAGUUCUUCCUUACAAACCACCGUGGCUCAGGGAAUUUUCAUUGAAGCAUUGAGCGCCUUCUCCUAUCAUAUAGUGUUGCUUUACUUCAAAAACAGAAGAUUGGUCUACAGGGUUCCUAUAGUGGCCCUGACGGUCACUUUACUGGCAUAUGCAGAUGGUCCGUAUACUACAGGUUACUUCAACCCCGUUCUGGCUUAUUCCUUGACAUUUUCCUGCCCUGGAAAGACAUUGUGGGAAUACUCAAUUGUUUAUUUUGCCGGUUCUUUAAUUGGAAUGGUUUUGGCCCUCUUCCUGUAUAUGGGACACAUCCCUCGUCUCUUCCAAAAGAACCUACUCUACAACCAGAAGAGCAAAUUUAGAGCCCCAAAGACAAAAAGUGUUCAGUCUGCAGUUUCAAAGAAUGCCCCAUCUUCACCAAAAGGGUCGGAGAAGAAAGCUGGAGGAAAAGGGAAGAAAGCUACAAAAGAAAAAUCUAAUCCUACCAAAAUAUAA